GCUUGUAAUAAACAUACGGAUGUGGGAGGGGAGCUACCCUAGGGUCCGUAGAAAAUCGAGCUGUCUGAUAAUACCAUGCGGCAAGUAAUGCACAGUCAUUAUAGGUAAAUGUGACGUUUCUUCGACAGUAGACAGGGGUAUUAAGUCCAUAAUAACACGUGCUGUUUUAUUUUGUUGUAACCCCAAACGCGUUAUUAGCUGCAGUUUUUAAAGUACUGUAUAUCCGAAGACGGAAGGAAGACUGCAUUAAGAAAAUGAGAACAGAGGGUAUAGACGGUAUUGAAAGGUUUACAAGUCCUGGCAAAGGAAGAGGGCUGAGGGCGACGAAGCAUUUCAAAGUUGGGGACCUUCUGUUAUCCUGCCCAGCAUACGCAUACGUCUUGACUAUCAGUGAAAGGGGAGGCCACUGUGAAUUCUGCUUCACAAGGAAGGAAGGCCUGUCCAAGUGUGGGAAAUGCAAGAAAGCUUUUUACUGCAAUGUGGACUGCCAGAAAGGAGACUGGUGUAUGCACAAGCUGGAAUGCUCAGCCAUGUGCGCUUAUGGAGACAACUGGAGCCCAUCUGAAACAGUCAGACUGACAGCCAGAAUCAUUGCUAAGCAGAAAAUGCAGGCAGAGAGGAGUGCAUCGGAGAAGCUGCUGUUGGUGAGGGAGUUUGAGGCUCAUCUAAAUGAACUGGACAAUGAGAAGCGAGAGAUGAACCAGACGGACAUAGCGGCUCUCCAUUACUUCUAUUCCAAACACCUGGAUUUUCCUGAUCAUGCCACCCUCACAGUACUCCUGGCUCAAGUAAACUGCAAUGGGUUCACCAUCGAAGAUGAGGAACUCUCCCAUUUGGGCUCAGCGGUGUUUCCAGAUGUUGCUCUAAUGAACCACAGCUGUUGUCCAAACGUCAUUGUCACAUACAAAGGGAUUGUCGCUGAGGUGCGAGCUGUCCAAGAGAUCAGCCCAGGGGAAGAGGUUUUCACCAGCUACAUUGACCUCCUUUAUCCAACAGAGGACAGGAAUGACAGAUUGAGAGAUUCCUACUUUUUUACCUGCGAUUGCAAGGAGUGUACAGCCAAAGACAAGGAUAAGGAAAAAAUGAAAGUUCGUAAGCUGAGCACACCCCCAGAGCCUGAGGCCGUCCGGGAUAUGGUGAAGUAUGCCAGGAAUGUCAUCGAGGAUUUCCGGAGAGCCAAGCACAGCAAGACCCCUAGUGAGCUGCUGGAGAUGUGUGAGCUUAGCCUGGAUAGGAUGGGAAGCAUCUUCGAGGACACCAACGUGUACAUGCUGCACAUGAUGUACCAGGCCAUGGGCGUGUGCCUUUACCUGGAGGACUGGGACGGAGCUAUGUCUUACGGGGAAAAAAUCAUCAAACCCUACAGCAUGCACUACCCAGCCUACUCUCUUAAUGUGGCCUCCAUGUACCUGAAGCUGGGGAGGCUGUAUUUGGGACUAGAGAAGAAGUCUAUGGGAAUAAAGGCCUUAAAGAAGGCGUUGGCGAUCAUGGAGGUGGCUCAUGGGAAGGAUCACCACUACAUUGCUGAGAUCAAGAAGGAGAUUGAGCUGCAGAAAUGAAAACACUGGCGACAGCCAUGGCGCCAACCCCCCCCAAACACACACACACACACACACACACACACGGAUGACAACUUGGCCCGCUAUCACAGAACACAUCUUUCACCUCUCCAUCUCCUCGUGUUCAUUUCUGCCCAAAUGAUGAAACUGAUCAUUUCUUUUCAGUGUCGUUUUCAGUGUCGGCACGUUUUGCAUCGUGAUUACUUUUAGCGUAACAAUGUAGCAUGGGUAGGCAUGUGCUCCCUACUUCCUGUCCCGCAUAAUGGCUGUGGCAAACUUGGAAUGCUUUUACACAAUUCAGUAGUUUUCAUACAGUACUAAAGCUGUGGACAGUCCCAACAGGUAGUAUAAUAACACUUGGAGGUGGAAUACUGUAGAGGAAACUACAGUUAAAUAAAUGGUACUUUUAAUAUACUAGGAUUUUCUCAUUUUCUGCUGGGAGAUCUGUUGCAGUUUACAGUAUUUGUGGCUUUGAAGAGGUUUAUAUAUGAAGCACAAUAUUUUGUUGCGUGAUGGAUAUUUUCUACUGAAAAGAGUUGUUUCUUUGGGGGUGAUUUACACAGACCCCCCCCCCCCUUUCCAUUGUUCACUGUCUGAAGGGUCCUGCAGCCAACAGGGCUGUUUUCCCAGUGCAUUUGUGAUACUCAAGGUACAGUUGCCACAACACCAAAAAAACUCCACUGCGUGCGAUCGCUAGCAGUGCAGCCCAUCUGCCUACACCCGUCCACAGCUCACCUCCCAGACUUCAGGAGGACUAUGGGUUAAAAACGCCUAAAACAUCGGUGCUCUUCUGUCUUUUUAUGUAUCGUAAAUGCAUGUCAAGGAGGGAAUGCAAUCUCUUAACAACCUUGUUCUUUUUGAUUUGAAAUUGUCCUGCAUCUGCACUGAAUAAAAACCCUGAAAGACUACACAA